CCUCUCACCUCUCCCUCCUGGCUUUUGCAGAUCCACGCGUCUGCCUAACAACCCCUCACGAGCUUAUGGGCAGCCUCUGACUGGGCGAUGCCAAUGACACAUUCCCGCACAGGCCAUGAACCAUGGGCUUAAAUCCCGUGGGCUGGUGGCGGCGAGACCUGCUCUCGCCUCCGCUGCCCCCAUGAUGAGCCAGCAUGCCGCCGUGCAGAACCAGCAGCAUCAGCAGCAUCAGCAGCUUUCUGCUUUCACAGCCGCUCCGAGACUCACAUCCCACGCAAUGGCCGUCAAGGGCCCGCACCCGCCCGGCUGGAGGCUGUGGCACUCGUCCAACGGCAUCAAGUUUGGCCUCUUGCAGUCGCAACAGUGCCCUCAUAUGCUGGAACACAGCCUGGCCACCCACCGCGCUCUGCACACCAUAAGCAGCGGGACGUCUUGGGAGGUCGAAUCUGUGGAAUCUGGGCUGCUUCAGGCAGUGAACGAGGAGGACCCAGUCCCGAGCGACCAGGCCCAGUCGGCAUCAGACGAUCCCCUCGUCGAGGGGUAUGAGGCGGCCGAGGAGGACUUUGCAGAGGACGAGGAGCCGCCAGCCACGACGUUGGAAUACAAGUUCCCCCCAGAGGCCUUCCGCGAGGCAAAGAGGGCCGCCACGGAGAGCCGGGAGUCCUACUGGUCGUACACCUUCUACCGCGGCCCCGGCGGCAAGAAGGUCAAGGUGCACUACUGCCGCAGCCGCGCCACGACGGAGCAGGUGUGCCAGUACUUCCUAGACGAGACGAUUCUCGGGUUCGACCUCGAGUGGGCGCUCGACGCCAACCGGUACUCGGGCCCGCGCAGGAACGUGUCGCUCAUCCAGCUCGCGAGCCCGAGCCGCAUCGCCCUCUUCCACGUGGCCCUGUUCCCGCCAAACGAGGACGUGACGGUGGUGGCCCCGACGCUGAGGCGCAUCAUGGAGGACCCGGCCAUCACAAAGUGCGGCGUCUCCAUCAAGGCCGACUGCACGCGCCUGCGCAACUUCCUCAAGAUCGACUCCCGGGGCGUCUUUGAGCUGAGCCACCUGUUCAGGCUCGUCAAGUACUCCAGGACAGGCGAGACGAACCUGAUAAACAAGCGCCUCGUGUCGCUGGCGGAGCAGACCUUGACCACGCUCGGGCUCCCGCUGUACAAGGGCAUCGACGUCCGAUGGAGCCAGUGGUGGAAGUCUCCGCUGCAGAUGGACCAGAUACUCUACUCGGCCUCUGACGCCUACGCCGCGAUACAAAUUUAUGACGUCCUGGAGCAGCAGCGCCAGAAUCUCCACCCAACGCCACCGCGGCCAUACCACGUUGAGCAUGACCUCCCAAUCAGGCUGGCCGAACCUGAUCUCAGCACAGACCCCGACGAGGCGAACGAGGAACUCGUGGGGGAGGGGGAGGAGGAGGAGGCUGUGGUUGAUGAGGACGAGCACGUAGUCGAGGAGGAGCAGGAGGAGGAGGAGGAGGAGGAGGAAGACGAGUUUUUGGUGGCUGAGGAUGAACUCGCGGUCGAGGAAGAGCUCGAAGAAGCCAGAGUCGAGGAGGAAGAGCUGGUUGAAGAGGAGGACUCUGCAGUCGAGCAGGAGGUGGCUGAAGAAUACGAACUUGCGGCCGAGCAAGUCGGCGAUGGGCUGGCGGAACCAUUCGCAGAGGAGGCGGCAGGGUUCCUAGAGGAGUCGUCUGCGGGAUGGGAAGACGCUGGCCUGGAGGCUGCUCAGCAGUUAUCGGCACCAGAAUUCGAGGCUGUCAGCCACGACACAAAGCCCACGCGCAAAACGAAAUCAACUAAAACAACCACGAAGCGGCAAAAGGAAGAAAGGCUCCAUGACGAAAGGCUCCUGGCGGCCGAGGAGUGGCUCGAGCAGUACCAGGACUCGCUGAACUCGUCGACCACGACAACCACCACGUCCUCGACCAUGACGGCGUCGACCAAGACGACGACCACCACCACCACCACGGUCACAACGACGAGGAGGCCGCGCGCCCCCAAGGCCGCGCUGCGCGCCUACCGCGUCUGGCUCGACAACCCGGACCUCGACCCGGCCGCCGUCGCGGCCCUGGUCCGCGACCCGCCCCUACAACCCGACGCCGUCCUCGGCUACAUCCUCGAGGCCGUCCGGGCCGAGAGGCUGCCCUACGACCGCGGCCGCCUGUGCGCCGAGGUCCUCGACCGCGCGCCCCCGUCGCUGCUGUCGAGGUACGCGCGCCUCGACAGGGAGGCGAGGGCCUGCGGCGGCGGCGGCGAGGCGGGUGAGGAGGAUGGCUAUGCUGCUGACGAGUAGUGGAGCAGCAGUCGUUUCCGCCAGCAGGUGGCCACCAUGGGUUGGGUGCACGGGGACCUGAGCAAAACAAUUACCGAUGUCGCUUCCGGUGUGAGGAGCGCGCUUUUUUUCUCUUCUUGUCGCAUGGUGCACAUGUCUAGCUAGAUAUAAAUCAUGUAGCGGUGCUGCUUUGCGGAUGGAUUUAUGAAUGCGACCAUGAUAUGGAUAAUGAAACUGUUUUCCGUUCGUCUCAUGAAGUCGCCUCGUCGGCUACAGCACACUGCCUGUGUGAUUGCUCGGUGGAAAAGGCUAGACCAGCAGUGUACUCCACAUCAAUAUGCAGCCUUCAAUGUCAUGAGAUGGAAGCAGCUAUUGUGCUCAUGAUCAG